CCGCCGGGCCUGCCUUCUGCGCAGGUGCGAUAGAGUGUAGGAAGUAAAGGAACAGCUGACCGACCCCUCUCCCGGCUGGUGUGGUUUGCCCGGUUGCGGCUUCGGAGCCAUGAACUUAGCGAAGAGUAGUCCACGGAGGAUGGCUACCACAGAUGGGGGGCAGAUACGCUUCAGUGGUCAUACCUUAGAUAAAGCGACUAAGGCAAAAGUGCAUUUAGAAAAUUAUUAUUCAAAUCUUAUUGCACAGCAUAUGGAAAGGAAAAAUAGUCAUGGAAGACUCAUCCUAUCACUAACAGAAGAAAGUAAUAGUAAAAAACAAAAACAAGAAAAGAGAAUGCAGCAUGCUAUGAAGGAAACUGAAUUUUUGAGGUUAAAACGAUCUAGAUUAGGGGUUGAAGAUUUUGAACCACUUAAAGUUAUUGGAAGAGGUGCUUUUGGUGAAGUGAGACUCGUUCAGAAAAAAGAUACAGGACAUGUUUAUGCGAUGAAGAUUUUAAGGAAGGCUGAUAUGUUAGAAAAAGAACAAAUUGCGCAUGUUCGAGCUGAGCGUGAUGUAUUAGUUGAAGCAGAUCAUCAGUGGGUUGUUAAAAUGUAUUAUAGCUUUCAAGAUGCCAUUAAUCUAUAUCUUAUUAUGGAAUUUCUUCCUGGAGGUGAUAUGAUGACUUUAUUAAUGAAAAAAGAUACUUUAUCUGAAGAAUGUACACAAUUUUAUAUUGCCGAAACUGCCUUGGCUAUAGAUUCCAUUCAUAAAUUAGGAUUCAUACAUCGAGAUAUAAAGCCGGAUAAUUUAUUGUUAGAUGCUAGGGGUCACAUCAAACUUUCUGAUUUUGGAUUAUGUACAGGUCUGAAGAAAUCACAUAGGACGGAAUUUUAUCGUGAUCUAUCUCAAGCAAAACCUAGUGAUUUUACUUCAAAUCCAAUGGAUUCAAAAAGAAGAGCAGAAAGUUGGAAAAAGAACAGAAGGCAACUAGCUUAUUCAACUGUAGGUACACCAGAUUAUAUAGCCCCUGAAGUUUUUAUGCAAACAGGUUACAACAGUGCUUGUGAUUGGUGGUCUUUAGGUGUUAUUAUGUAUGAAAUGCUUAUUGGAUAUCCUCCGUUCUGUUCGGAAACUCCUCAGGAAACAUAUAGAAAAGUCAUGAAUUGGAGAGAGACGUUAAUCUUUCCACCAGAAGUGCCAAUAUCUAACGAAGCCAGAGAUUUAAUACAGAGAUUUUCUUGUGAAUCAGAAAAGCGCAUAGGAGCUAACGGUGGCGUGGAGGAAAUAAAACAACAUCCGUUUUUUAAGGGCGUCGAUUGGGAACACAUUAGGGAGAGGCCGGCGGCCAUUCCGGUGGAAGUGAAAAGCAUCGACGACACUUCGAAUUUCGACGAGUUUCCGGACGUCGAUUUAAAAAUUCCCGCAGCACCAGUACCGGCCAAGGACGGCGAUCCCGGAUACAAAGACUGGGUAUUUAUUAAUUAUACUUUCAAGAGAUUCGAGGGACUGACUCAAAGAGGAGCGAAAUUGACGAAGAGAAGUUAAUGGAACGGAUCUUAACCCGUGUUUAGACUGUGAUGUUCUGCCAGAUGCCACGUUGCCUCUAACUCGGUGCAAUCUUUGGUUGGUCGACGGCUCGCCCUUAAGUGCAAAUCCUCUGUAGUCUCCCGCGUCGUCACCGGUCGACAGCGGCUUUCUUUCGUCGCCUCGCAAGUAGAAAGUCUGCAGAAUUUAGACGUAAAACAAAAUUAGCGCCCCUACCAGGUUUGUAGGCGCUGUAAAUAGAACGGGCACCGACACGUGAUAACCGCGCACCUUGCACUCGUCGGGCUCCGCUAAAUUAUUUUGUGUUCCCGGCCGACACCGGUUAGCUUAUAGCGGUUCGUGAUCUCAAUUUCCAAUAAGUGAUACGUCGUUAGCCUUUUUAUUUCAUCGGUUUGUAUUACGAGUAAUUUAACUUUUCUUUUAAUCGAAAUAAGCAGCAAAACUGUUUAAAAUACCAAUAAUUUAAGUCGUGUUUUGUAAGUUAAUAAUUUAUUCCAAGGUAGAAUUUUAAUGGGAUUUUCGCCGGGUGGCAAAAAUCCACGCCAAAUUUUGUCGACGACUUUGGGUUCAUACUUAAGUUUGCUUGGCGGGGAAAUCGUAAUCUAAGAACGAAAAGAAAAAGUUCGUUUUAGUACAGUUUCUCGUUGCCGAGAAACUUCAAUCGUGGUAAAAAGUUAUUCUAAUUUGGAAAGUAAUUUAUUAUCGUCAGUUUCCAUCGGAACGUUAAUAAUUCUGUUUAGAAACUUUUUUUUUUCGAUAGAUUUUUCGUGCGUCUCGUUUUUCCCGGGG